UAUAGGUUUUUCUGUUCUUUCAGGACUAAAUAUAUCUCCUGUUGCUUGUCUGUGAAAGAAGGCAGGGUGUGUCACCCUGUGACAUGCGAAUGGUGCCUUGUGUUUGUUUCGGGAGACUGAUGCACCCACAGGAACUGCGCUUUAUUUUCUAGUCUCCCCUUGAACUUGAAAAGCUUCUGACUCGGAGGUGUAGUUUCUCGUCCUCUGAUUCAAGGCCACCCUCCAUUCCUUCGCAGACAUGGCAGCAGUGACACCAAAGAUACAAACACUGAGGUGCCUCAUCCGAGAGAUGCGCCGCAGUCUUCUGCCCCACGAGAAUGUGAGACAUUCACCAGCCUUUGUGUACAUGAUGAAGGAGUACCGGCGCAAUGCUGUCACAGACCAGCAGUACUGCCGCCAGCAGGAGGAGAUGGCCUACCUGGCCCACACCUGUGCCACCUACCUGGAGGCAAGCAGGAGAUAUCAAGAACUUCACCAGGAAUACCACUGUCGGGGUGAGAGGACAGUAAAGGAGACAGCUGAUAUUGUAGGCUUUAAACUUCCAAAUGAACACUGACAGUAUUAGUAUUAUAUAUAUAUAUAUAUAUAUAUAUAUAUAUAUAUAUAUAUAUAUAUAUAUAUAUAUAUAUAUAUAUAUAUAUAUAUAUAUAUAGAGUAUUACAUAGUCUUCUGUGCUCAUGGUAAUUAAAUAAUUUUAAAGUCUAGUGUAUUUAUUUAGUAAAGGAAAAUUAACUGUUCUAUUGCAGAAGAAUGAUUGGAAUAUAAAAGUUGGCAUUCAUUUUCUUUUCUUACUUCACUUUGCAUUCUAUAUUGAUUCUUGUAUUUGUCUGUUGUGAUUGUUAAGGUUAUUUUGCCUUGGCCUGUAUCUUCAAUGGGCUGUUCUCUGGUUUGAGAAACCUAAAGAUCCACCUCCUAAGAUUUUUUGAGUGGUGGCAGUAUUUACAGUUCCUGGUGCUGCCUGUUGCACUCCUGUCAAAGAUAAGGGUGGUGGGUGGCAUGUGGGUAUUUUUUGGUCACUCGGCAAUGACUUGAUAAAUGGCAGGCUUCUGCCAAGAGCUCAUCCAGUUUAGGGUUUGCCUGCCUCUGGCUGCCUCAGCCAGUACAAAAAUGUCCCAAGUCAUCCCUCAGGAGAGGCAUGCUCUCAUUCUAUUGUGUGUACAUUAUUGAAAUAAAACUAAUACUUUUUU